AUGUACAUCAACUGGGCUCAUCACUACACCCCAAAGAUUAGUGGUACUUGCUCUGUAAUGAUAAACUCCUUAUUCAUCUACAUAGUUCAUGAUGAUAAAAAAGUAAAGUUGGGAUGCUAUAGAUAUUUGCUCAUUUUCUUUGCUCUGUACAACUUUACAAGUACUGCUAUCGAUCUUAUGGUACCCGGGGUUUGCAUAAAGACAUUUUUCCAAAAAAUUAGAAGAAGAGUUACAGUGUGUUUUGGAUCAUGGCUACUCCUUUUCCUUCUUCAUUGUCGGAGGAGUUUUCGAGAAGCGGCUUACUGUAUUCUACACUGUCAUUUUGUGUACAGAUACAUGUUACUAUUUCACCGGAAAUUUCUGGAACAUUUUUUCAUGCCAUAUGGACUUUUGACAUCGGUAGGGUAUAGUUUUAUGAUUAUGGUCUUAUGGUUUCCGGCCUGUUGGAUUUUCGCUGAAGCUGACGAUGAGCGAAGAAAUUAUAUAGCUGCGGAAUUUUAUGAGAGAUACGGUGUCGACGUUUACGACAUCAAUGUGAUUACUUGCCUCUAUAAUGUAAGCCAAAGUGAACGAUUAGAUAUAUUAUUUUUCAAGGAAGCGACCUCUGACGUAAUCAAAAAUUCAUGGAUCGGUAUUCUGAUUGGAACUUCGAUUUCUGCGUAUUCUGUGAUUCUAUGCUUUAUUUUCGGCACUUUCAUAAUUCUUCGCCUUCGAAGUGGCGAACUAAACAUGAGUGAAAAAACCAAACAUUUACAAAAACAGCUUAUUAAAGUUCUCAUCGUUCAGUCUUCAAUUCCAGUUAUCGUCUGUUUCUGUCCAUGUUUUGCCGCUUGGUACAUGCCAGUUUUCAAACUGAACGUUGGAAAUUGGAUUAAUUGGAUAUCGGCCGUUGCAAUCUCAUUUUUCCCGGUUCUCGAUCCAUUGGCUCUGUUUUAUUUCAUUCCAGUUUUUCGAAGUCGCAUGAAUGAAAUCUUUCGGUUAAAAGGGAAGAUCAGAUCUGGAUCAACAAGGAUAUCAACAAUCUGA